AUGGCGCACAUAGCACUCAAUGAUGCUGCUAGAGCCAUUCUCAAAGAAGUGAAAAACCUCAUCGCAAAUGAACCCGAAAUCAAGGAGGAAAAGCUUGGUAUGGGACGUGUGUAUGGUGGUGUUGUCCUGACGAAAAUCGACGAGCUGAAAUCAGAGCUAGAAAUUGAAGGCUACAAGUGCAACAUUUUCCAUUUCCUUCGUGGUGCGAACGUUCGAAAUCCUACAACUCGACUCCUUCUCAUUCCCAUAAACGGAAAAGCCACACUAAGUAAAGGUGAACCUUUGGUACAAGAAGAAGCCUAUUUCAUUGAGGACAAGAAGGAAAAUGAGGACAAGGGAAACGCCGGAGACAAUCGAGUACCACUCUUCGGAAACGAGUUGGAUGUUAUUAUCGCCGUGUUGAAAGCAGACGUGGAGAAAUAA